CAAAACUCAAUUUGGAGUUCCUUUUGUGUAGUUCUCAUUGCAUGGGUGAAUUAGUGCUACACUGCCGUACCAUGCUCUCCUCUUCUUGUUCCCAGUUUCUUCUUUUUUUGGGCUGGGGUGGCACAGAGGUGCUGUUCUUGCUUCCUGUUACUCAUUUAAUCACAUGCUGUCUUCUGUUUUCAGUAACCAAAUCUUGUAUUCCCUUUCUGUAACUGUAUUUGGGCCACUUGUUUUGUUCUCAACCAUAUCCUUCAUCUCGACAAUAUUUCCACCUGAUCCUCUUGUAUUUGCUUUGUGUUGGUAUCAGUUAGUGACUUCGGUAAUAUUGGGUGCCUAUAGUCCCUCAUAGGGUAGUAUGGGAUAAGAAGAGUGGUUUCCUUCCUUAAUAGCUAGCUUUUGAGGUGGGGUUCCCUACUUUUCUUAAGUACUUAAUAAUGGUUUUAGAGCCUAGUUGUCAGCGCCAUGGAAAGGGCUACUCUAGGCUGGAUUAAGGUGAAUAUCGAACACUGAUAACUGAUAGCCAAGUGGCUAUCAUUGGUCAAUGUCGAUAGAGUGAAGCUGCUUUGGACGUCAACUCUCCAGGGGCGGUGUAUUGUUAGGGACUUGAGUAUUAUGAGAUGCCCAAAGUUGCACAUCGGAUUUGAUUUUUCAAACUCAUAUAUAUGGCUUGAAUUUUACAAUACACCACUGGAAAAAGACAUCUCCUUAAUAUGUGAUACUAUUCGAUCGUGGCAUAUUGUUGGACGUCUUGGUGGAUGCAAUUCGAUGAACAUGCAACUAUCACAAUCUCCGAUCACGAAACGGCCAAGUUAUGAUUUUAUUCAAGGAGCUAAUGUGACGCCAACUACAUUUUACAACAUUGGGGAUCUUGAGGUUCAAGACAACUUGGCUCGAAUAUGGGUAGAUAUUGGAACCAGUGAACCGCUGCUUUUGGAUGUCUUGAUAAAUGCAUUAACACAGAUAAGUUCUGAUUUUGUUGGAAUCAAGCAAGUGGUCUUUGGUGGGGAAGAAUAUGAGAAUUGGAACGAGAAUAUGACAUCAGAGGAUUCAGGUUUUAGUGUUCACAAGAUCUGAACCCAAUUUUCUGCCAUAUUAUUUGAUAGAGGCAAGUGAAGAGGAAGUCAGGAAAUACUGCAUCGUAUGUAUUUGACAAGCAGAACUCGACCAUUCAUGAAUAUCAAUGUCAAAGACGUGUGAUGGAGCUCUGGGAUUUUGAUGGCUCUGGAAAUUCAACCAUUAAUGAAUAUCGAAGUCAAGACAUGACAGACGAGAUAACAGUUCUGUAAUUUAGUUAUCGGAUUUGUUGUUACUAAGGAUAAUUAAUCAAAAUGAACUUAAUUUUGAUUUGAUGUAGUAGCUCUUAAUGAAGUAGUGGAAAAGUUUGACAGCGUUAAAGGUUCCGUGGAGGAGAGAAAUGACUAAAGACCCUUUCGGUAAGAUUUCUGGGAAUGCUACUCCCAGCAAUCACGAAUCCUUCUUUUUUUUCUUUGAAAAUUUAUCCCUUUGUUUGGUUGAUACAUAAUUAUUGGAACAAUUAAUCCUGGAAUAUUUUAU